GAAAAUGGAAGCGAGCAGCUGCGCCGUGAGUCCGUGACUCCACCAAUGUCACUGCAAUAUACCGGUUCGUCGACGUUCUACACCGAGCUAGCUGAAAUUUCCCUUCCUGUAUCCGCUGAUUUCAUUGGCGAUAGUCGAGUUGCACGGGUCACAUAUUCCGUCCGCGACCACGACCGAAACAUCAAACGAUACCUCACGAAGACAUUCGACAAUCAGUGCACGACUUCUCAUGAUUCCUCUGAAAUAAAAGCAUUCGCGACAUCUCCUUCUAAAUCUCGUCAAGCGAUCCUGAGAGAAGUAGCUAAUAGCAAACGAUUCGUCGAGAUCUGGGCUGGCACCCAACUAGAAGCUUCAUUGGACGUAUCGAAUUAUCACCAAGCCUUCCUCACAGAUGAUUUCCUAUACUCUCUCUCUUUCUCCCCCUCCGAAACUUCUCUCUUAUACACCGCCGAAGCAUCCAUCAACACUGAUGACGAUCCGUACAACAAAUUUAGAUACACACCCCACUUUGGUGAUACCUGUCGCGCAAAGAAACGUCCUACCAUCUUUCUAUUCAGCUGGACUGGAUCGCCCUCCUUCACGAGGGCAGCUAAACAAGACUCGACCCUUUUCGCACUUCAGCCUACAACUGAAUCACCCAUCCUAUUCGCCCAAGCCACAUUCGCGACAGAAGACACGAUUUUUGCAACCGGUCACGAACAAACCAAAGACGGCCGUAUCCUCGGCGCAAAAGGAUGCUUCAACCGUCCCAUGGGCAUAUGGCAACUCACUCUCUCAAAGGACUCGCUCGGAUCCCCAUCCGCAUCAAGACUCACUCCCCAAAACAGAUCCUGCCGAUCCCCUCGCGUCUUAUUCCACAACGACCAGCCCAUCAAACUUUUCUGGUUCUCAAACCCCAUAGGUGGCCCUCAUGCAUCCUGCGUAUCUCUCGAAUCCCGCGAUCUCCUCACAGGCACCAACACCGUCCUCGUACGCACCGUAUUCGAACCUACCCCAUCAAAUAACUUUCCGGGCCUCUACACCGAGUACAACAUGCCAACCAGCCCAUUUCUGCGGCGCGGAGAUAGCAUAUAUAUCGUUCUCCAGUCCAUAUGGCGCUCACGCACAACUGUCCUCUUCAUCGAUACACAAUCAGGAGAGAUCACAGACGCGACGAAAUUAGGCGACGGACCGUUGUACAGCUGGACUUUACACGCUGCUGAUAACAAGAGUCAGUUUAUUUGUUCGAGGAGCACGCCUACUACCCCCUGGGAAGUCUUAUUAGGAUCUUUCGAUCAACAUGAUACCCUCGAAUGGAAAGUCCUUGAUAAAUCGUCGUUGUCUUCUACGAUCAAAGAAGCCCUGAACGACCUAACGCCAUCCAUCAUACCCAUCACCGCCCGCGCACCAGUGGAAACACUUCUCAUCCAAUCCAAGAAAGCUUCUACCUGUGGUGGCCCGAAACCAGUGUGCGUCACUAUCCUGCAUGGAGGACCCCAUGCGACCUCGACGACUUCAUUUUUUUCGGCCAUCGUCGCAUUAGCGCUCGAAGGAUACACCCUCAACAUUCCCAACUACACAGGCUCCAUGGGAUUCGGCCAAACAUACAUCCAAAAGCUCCUAGGACAUUGCGGGAGCAUGGACGUCGAAGACGUCACCGAAAGCGUCAGGGAACUGAUCAGAAGGGGUGUUUCAGAGGAAGGAAGACAGGUCGUGAUGGGGGGAAGUCAUGGCGGGUUUAUCGCUGCUCAUCUGAUUGGCCAGCACCCAACCCUAUUCAACGCAGCAUCGCUCCGCAACCCCGUCAUCUCAGCAGGCGAAUUCGCAGCGGGGACUGAUAUUCCUGAUUGGGUUUAUUCUGAAUUCGGGGUUUCAUCCACCGAUUCUGACUCUGACUCCUACACGUCGCCCACAUCCAACCUCCUCACUUCACUCACACCUACACUCCCGCUAAUGACCCCAAAAACAUACAACACCCUCUUCACCGCAUCCCCAAUCGCGCACGUUGACAAUAUAACAGCACCAGUGCUUAUAUUAAUAGGCGAGGAUGAUUUGAGGGUCGUUCCGGGGCAGGGAAUCGGCUUUUAUCACGCGAUCAAGGGGAGAGGUGAGGUUCGGACUGGCGCAGAAAAGGAAACCAAGAAAGGAACUGUAGAGGUGUUAUCCUUUCCUGGAGAGUCGCAUGGGAUCGAUGGAGUUGAAGCUGCGAGGGUUUCAUUUGAGGCUACGAGGGAUUGGUUCAAGGCUUUUGGGGAGGGCGGUUAGUGGCGGUUAGUGUAUACGGGAAAGUGAGAGAUUUUGUUAUACCCUUGACCGACUAUGUCGACCGUCCAAGUAUGAACAUGAUCUAAUUCAAAAUUCAUUUCAUUUCAUUUC